GAGAGAGAAGGGGAGGCAAAAGCCACAAGCAAGUAAGAGGAAGUCAGUCAUUGUUCACCGCCAGAGGACAUGCAAGAAGAUCCUUGCUUUGAAACGCAACAACUAAGGCCUCAUUUUGAUUUCCAGUGAAAUGCUGAGUCCAUCCAGGCCAGGACCAGGGAUGUGCAGUGAGGAGGACAGGCGUGGAUCUGAGCCGGGGUCAGAAGUCAGCUCCGGACUUGAGACGGAUCGUUUUGGCUUCAUCGUGUCCGACGGAUCUGAAGUUCGGACUGCGGGCCCGCGGCCUCAACUGGUCAGGCAGAGGGAAGCCAAGUGGAUCAACGUCAUGGACCAAUGGGAGAGCAUCUUGUUCAAGAAGAAUAACAUGGUCAAAGUUCAGUGCCAGAAAGGUAUCCCAUCCUCACUUAGAGCAAAGUGCUGGCCUCUGCUCUGUGGCGCCACCAACAGGAUGAACAACAACAAACACCUCUACCAGUGUCUGGACUCUAAGGCCGCGCUGCAGAAGUGGGUGGACGUCAUCGAGAGAGAUCUGGACCGACAGUUUCCUUUCCACGAGAUGUUCCUCUCCAAGGAGGGACACGGGCAGCAGGGAUUGUUCAGAGUGUUGAAAGCUUUCACUCAGUACAAGCCAGAGGAUGGCUAUUGUCAGGCUCAAGGACCCGUGGCUGCAGUCCUCUUGAUGAACAUGCCAGCUGAGGAGGCCUUCUGGUGUCUGGUGCAAAUUAGUGAGCGCUACCUCCCUGGAUACUACAGCCCUCUCCUGGAGGGAGUCCUGUUCGACGCCACUCUUCUGACCUGGCUUUUAAGAAGAACGUGUCCUCCCGCACACAAACACCUGCAGCAGCACGGCGUGGAGCCCCUCAUGUUCGCCACCGACUGGCUGAUGUGCUUGUUCACGCGCCACCUGCCCUUCAACGCCCUGCUGCGAGUGUGGGACCUGUUUUUCUGCAACGGGGCGGGGGUGCUGCUGCAGGUGGCGGUGGUGCUGGUGCGGAGGGUGCUGGGUCGGGCCGAGCAAAGGAGGGAGUGUCAGGGACAGAUGGAGACCCUGCAGAGGCUGAGGGACGUCCGAUGUGAGGUCCAAGAGGCGGAGGACGACUUCAUAGCAGAGGUGUGUGCUAUACCGCUAUCAGCCAGCGAUCUGGGGAGGCACACAGAAAAGGAGCUGGCAAAGUGGAGAAAAGACAGACCCUCGUCCACCUUGGACCCCAGAGGUCGCUGCCAGGGUUACCGAAUGGCCUGGGCUCAACUCAACAGAGAGAGAGAGCCGGAGAACUUGUUCGUGCCCCUCACUCGCUCGGCCUCCAGCCUGCUCCUGUCUACUUCGAGGUGGAAAAAAGGCGGGCACGCCGGGGGGAAGGUUGCCCGGCAUCUGUCGAUGCAAGCCAAGGAUUGGAGGAGCUGCAACGAGUUGAACUUUGAGGAGGAUACAGGUGGCAGUGACGCACAUAGACCAGGAUCUAUGGCAGGAAUUCAAGUCGUAAGAAGAGUGGAAAAGAUGCAAGCUGCCAAAAACUGCGAGUCCCCAACAGUCAGAGAGGACAGGAGCUCAUCAAAGGGAGGGGUGGAUGAGGAUCACAGAACUGAGUCAUCAGCAGGGCUCCAUAGAGAGACGUCAGGCCACGUACAGGCGCUGACCCAGACCCAGCAACAAAUAGCAACUGAUCAUCCACUUUGCACCGACCGAUGUGAGACCAACACCCUUGUUGAAUGCAUCCAUCAGCAAGGAGGCACCAAAAGUGAACAAAAAGAAGCACAUAAGGAAACAACGGCCAUUGAAGUCUGCAAGGAGACUGUGAGUCCUGCUCAGGAGAGGACAAGCUCCGGUGAGCUUGCGACAAGCUUUUCGGGCGACGCCUGCAUCCGCGAGUCGUCCAGCUUAACGCGCCGGCUCUCGAAAGAUCUCUUCAUCGACCCCGGUCACACCCUGACCGACUCCCCGACCCCGGCCGUUCCUCCCUCCGAAGCAGCUAAACGUAAGCAGCCCAAAAAGAGCAAGCAGAAGGUCGAGAGCGGACUACAAGUCCCAACUAUCUUGAUCCAGGACUUUAGUGACCAACUCGUGGAGGAAGGGAGGCGGCUGGAGAAGAAGAGGUGGUGGCGGCGGCAUCAGCAGGACAGGAAGGAUAAGGAGGAGCGGGAGAAGAAGAAGAAGGAGGGAGAGAGGAGGAAACCGCAAACCAGGGGGGAAAGUUUUCAGGUCCAAAGAGAAACAAUGACAAGUUAUUUAACCUCUGCUGAAUCUUACUUUUAACACUUCUUGUCACGUUCGUCAUUUCUUGACAUGCUUAGGAGGUUCUGUUGGCUUUCUUCAAAGCUCCUCAAACACAAACCAGGAGUGCUCUCAAAGAUCACACUGUAGACCAGACCUGGGCAAUUUAAGGCCCGGGG